AUACGCGUAUUCAGUAGAUACGCGAAGCUAUAACGGUACACAUGUUGCUGUCGGAAAAUGCGAGCGGCCCAAGUGGAAAUGUAGCCCAAUCCGUUCGCUUCAGGGUAUCCGUUUAAAGAGCUCCCUCGCACACACACUCGCACAACCGCACACACAUACACACACACACACACAUACAAAGCCACGCACAAGUGUCCUCGGCUCUCACCACCACUGUCGCAAGUGCGUCCGCCGCUCGAGUAUCUGUGUGAGUAGAAGAGGUGUUUGCCAUUGUGCUCAGAUACAGGAUUUAGUGCUGAAGUGCUUAAUAAAACCAUCAUAAAACCGUCGAAAGUGAUAAAUGCAAAUCAUUCUAAAUAAAAAUAACCAAUUGCUGAAGUGUGCGCCUCUAACUGGGCCAAUAACAACAAAUAACAUCCGAAUAGUCGAGUGAUUCAACUCAGACGGCGUGUCUGUGGCUCAUUAGAAGAAAUACUGGUCCGCAAUAAAAUCAAACUCGAUAGAAGCAAAAACAUAACAAAAGCAAACCAAAUCCAAACUCAAAUCCAAUUCAAACCAAGCAAACUAAACUAAAACAGUUUCGCCUAUGGGCUAUGGGCAGGCAAGGCAAUAAAAACAACAUGGAAUAUUGAAUGAAAUCGGCCAGCAUAUAUGCACAUACAUUAGCAGUCAAAGGACAGCCAAUUAUCCAUAAUAGCCCGCAAAUUCCAAAUCAUGGACGAGAAUGCGACAAGCUCUCGAUUGCUAUGAGAAAAGUCAAAGGAAAAGUCUUUCAAAGCGAGAAUUUCUAGUAAACGAGAAAGCAAAAACCAUGCAUCAGGAGGAAACGUUUCAGAUUAUCCGAAACCGGCUGGAUGAAAAGAAUGAGUCGCAAGGCUGGGAGCAGCAAUUCCGAAGAAAAUCUAAGAGCCUUCAACCUUUGCCCUGCUCUAAUACAUGGAGACGCGUCCUCCUGCCAUUACUUAUGCUGUCGGGGAUUAUCCAGGUGCUUGGCUCCUACCUGGAGCCCGACGAACUCAUCCAGGAGCUGGACCGUCCCGUGCCUCUGACCUCCGUGCAAGGUGUCUUGGGACGCCAGGCGAUGCUUCCCUGCGAUAUAUCGCCUCUGGAGCGGGACGACGCCGUCUAUAUGGUCCUAUGGUUCCGCGAAGGUGACGGUGAACCCAUCUACAAUUUCGAUGUGAGAGGUCGACAAUUUGGUCAGGCCCGUCUGUGGUCCUCGCCCUUGGCCUUUGGCACUCGAGCCCACUUCACCAGCACCACCCACCCCGCCCAACUGCGGAUCGACACUGUACGCAUCGAGGACGAGGGUGUCUAUCGGUGUCGUGUCGACUUUCGCAACUCGCCCACCAGAAAUCUUAAGAUUAAUCUCACCGUCAUUGUUCCGCCGGACAGACCCAUCAUCUACGGCCAGAAUAGGCACGAGAAGGCCGGGAAUGUGGAGUCAUUCAACGAGGGCAACGACAUAGUCCUGUCCUGCGAGGUUUCCGGAGGUCGACCCCGGCCCAACGUCACUUGGUACUUGGACAACACGGCCAUUGACGAGUCUUUCGAGCAGCGGCCAGACGGCAAGACCAUCAACCACCUGUCCUAUCCCAAUGUGGGUCGCCAGCACCUGAACUCCCGGCUGGUGUGCGUCGCCAGCAACACGAACCUUAUGCCGCCCAACAACAAGGUCGUCAUCCUGGAUGUGAACCUGAAACCUAUGGCCGUACACAUACUCACCAAGGAUCGGUUUGUGUCCGCGGAUCGCACCUACGACGUGGAGUGCAAGAGCUCAGGGUCGAAACCACCGGCCCUAAUCACCUGGUGGAAGGGCAGCAAGCAGCUGAAGAAGCUAACCAAGAACUUUAAUGAACCCGAUAAUCAAUCUCUAAGUAUACUGACGUUUACGCCCGGACGCGAGGACGAUGGCAAAUAUUUAACAUGUCGGGCAGAAAAUCAAUUCAUCGACGGCAGCUCCAUCGAGGACAAAUGGCGACUCAUUGUCCAUUACCCGCCCACGACCAUGCUAAAGAUUGGCUCCUCUUUGAAUCCGGAUGACAUCAAGGAGGGGGACGACGCAUACUUCGAGUGCAUUGUGCAGGCAAACCCGAAGCCCUACAAGAUGUCCUGGUUCCAUAACGGCAAGGAGUUGCACCAUAACAUCUCCGCGGGUGUCAUCCUGUCGGAUCAGUCCCUGGUCCUCCAGAGCGUUUCACGAGCUUCGGCCGGCGACUACACCUGCCUGGCUGUCAACUCGGAGGGCAAAGGCCCAAGUAAUCCGGUCACAUUGCGCAUACGCUAUGCCCCAAUUUGCGCCACGGACCACGAGGAGCUACUGGGCGCCCUCAAGCACGAGACCCUGCCCCUGAAGUGUGAGGUGGAUGCCUCGCCGCCGGCGGAUUCCUUUCACUGGACCUUCAACUCGUCCGGCGAACAGACCGAGCUACCCGCCCGCCUGCACUCCAGCGAGACUGGCAUGUCCCGAUUGAACUACACACCAAGUACUGACCUCGACUACGGAACGAUAUCCUGCUGGGGCAAGAACUCUAUUGGCACGCAGAAGAGUCCUUGUGUAUUUCAGAUUGUGGCAGCGGGACGGCCGUUUCCUCUGCAAAACUGCUCGGUGACCAAUCAGUCGGUCGACUCGUUGCAAGUGGACUGCCUCGAGGGAUUCGACGGUGGCCUGCCCCAGAGAUUCAUGCUGGAGCUUGUGGAGCUGAACACUCUGCGGCUGGCCAGGAACAUCACGGUUUCGCACACUCCUGUGACUUUUGUGAUAGACAACCUGGAUCAGGCAGCCACCUACCGGAUGGUGAUUUUUGCCGUCAAUGCCAAAGGUCGUUCGGAACCCACAAUCAUCGACGACAUCAACUUUAAGGGCGUGGCCAAGUUCACAGGUGCCUCGACCGGACUCUCGAUGCCCCUCUCCCCGUUCCUGGCGGGUCUGACCCUUUUCUGUGGCCUGCUCCUCGCCAUCUUCUGCAUCAUGCUGGCGGCCUUCUACCGGAGGCUCUCCAAUCGGCGCAGCGACAGCAACAUGAAGGUGGCCAAGCACACGCAGCUCACGAUUCCGGCGGACUGUCAGCUGGACCCGCUUCACCCCGGAACCCAGACGGACGGAUCCGGCAACCACCAGCCGCACCACAGCCUGCUGCCCAUCAAUUGUGAUGCUCGUAGCGCGGUUGACUGUUCCGCGCUGGGUGAUGUGGGCAUGGGCGGUGCGGGCGGCGGAGGAGGCGGUGGCCUAGAUGGGGGACUGAAGGGCUCAUCCAUGGGCCUGGUGCCCAUGUCCGGGGACACACUGCGCUCCACGGCCAGGACACGGCACAGUCCCUUGGCCGAUGGCCAGGCGGAGAUAGAUGAUACCGAUCCCGAUGUUAUACCAAAUCAGUAUGAAAAACGUCCGCUGAAGAGCCUGGUGUCCCCGCCGGGCUUCGCCAGCCCCUCGAACCGUCUUAUGCAGCGGGACUACCUCCGAGAAACGGAGCUCACCAAAGGGAGCAGCGAUGUUGGCCUGGGCGCGGCGGAGGGUCUGUCCAGCAUCGGACUGAUGAGCAGUUCCGGGAACGAGGUGCUCCACUACACCUUCCGGCCCAGCAAGCAGAUCAGCUAUGCCACGCUGAACAAGAAGGGCAUUACUACGUGCAGUCCACCGCUGGGGUCGCUCAACUACAACGUUAGCACCUCGACGCCCUCCUCCUCGUACCAUCUGACGCCCCAGCCGAUGGAGGUGAGCCUGCUCAGUCCGAAUAAUCCGUCGGUGACGUCAUCGCUGAGCGAGUACCGAUUCCGUACCGGGCCGGAGAUCGUCACCACCUCGAACCGCAUACAGGAAAGUUGUAUAUAAAGCUCUCAAAUCGCAUCGCAUCGCACACGUAAAAUACUUACUUCUGAGUGUACAAACCAAAUGAUAUAUAUAUAUAAAUGUAUACAUGAGUAUCGUACUAUCGUAACGCAUCGUAUCGAAUAAUAUCCUAGAAGCUAGACGUAUUUAUUCGCAUGGUUUGAGGAAAGACUUCUCCUAGCUCGUAAGCAUCUUGUGUACUUAAUGCAAUGCCAAAAGUGUAACUGCAAUACACUAGUUUUGUAAAUAAUCGUUGUCAUCUGUUGUUGUAAUUAAGAUCCCAAAAAAUCGUGAUGAUGGAAUCGAAUGAAACUACUUUAAAAGAACAUAUCUCCUUUUCAACCCACUUCCACUCUGUCCAUAUCCUGUUGCCCUCAUAUUCUCUAUUCAUACCUAUUGCAUAUCCCGAUAAAAACCAACCAAAAAAAAAAAUACAAAUACGAUAAAUGGGUUCCGAAGACAAACGCUGUCAACUCUUAACAUAUCGCCGACAUCCUAACGCUCGCUAAGCUAACCCGUUGGUCAUUGUUGUGCGCCAAAUCUGAUCGAUCUGAGCCAGCCGAAUGCAACUAAUUUACGCCAUAAUUAGAAUACCAAUAAACGUAUAAAAAUAUGUAUCCAUUUAAUCUGAACAGGACCUGCACUCUUCCAGAGUCCCCGGCAGAGUUCUGCGGGAGUCGCAUUUGUGAGAAUAUCAUGUCCAUAUCCUCUAUGAAAGUAUUACCUAUUGAUUUUCGUUUUCGAUUAACUCAAGUGUUUAAGUAUAGCUACCGCAUAUGUGUAUUUAACUAGACCUAAGUAGUUUAAGCAUCGUCCUAAGUGUACAUAAAACAUAUUAUUAUAUGGCGAUUGGGACUCGAUGGUCUAGCUGCCUCGACCCGACCCGAC